CCCCGCUCCUCUUCUCCCGGAGCCCCACGCCCCGCAGUGGGGAAAGGUCACUCGGUCCGCAGCUUCGGCGGCUUUGGCCUUGGUCCCAGCCCUGCCCCCGCGACUGCCCGCCCCGGGCCCUCCGCGCAUCCUGGCCGGGGCUCUGCUCGGCCUCCUAAGCGUCCGUGGCGGCUCCGGGAAGCCCGAGGCUUUGCACAGGCUGUUCCCCUGCAGGAAGCGCCAGCCCUCCCCCGCCCGCGGUGUCCCCCUCGCUCCCGGGGCGCCCGACCCCAGCGGGGCGCCACCGCGGCGGUGCGGGCGGGCAGGCAGCCGGGGCGACAGCUGGGGGGGCGGCCCUGACCUUCCCGCGCGAUCGAUGGGGCGCGGCGCGGUGCCCCGGCGGCUCCGCUAUAAAGGGGCCGCGGUCCGGCGCCCGCUUAGCCCCCGCCGGCGCGCCCACCAUGGCCACGCGGGCCCUGCUGCUGCUGCUGCUGCUGCCGCCGCUACUGCUGCUCGCGGGCUGCGCCGCGCGCCCCGCGCCCCCCAGGGCCCCGCGACACUCGGACGGGACGUUCACGAGCGAGCUCAGCCGCCUGCGGGACAGCGCGCGGCUGCAGCGGCUGCUGCAGGGCCUGGUGGGGAAGCGCAGCCAGCAGGAUCCGGAGAACAACACGGCCUGGACCAAGUCUGGGGAGGACCGCCUCUGCCAGCUGUGGUCCCACAUGCCCGCCCUGCAGGCCUGGAUGCCCAUGAAGCCCCCAGUGGAUCAGGCCUGGUCUCCCUGGCUGCCUCCUGGACUGAGGGCUGGGGCCCUGGUGUCAGAACCAGCCAUCCCUGCUGCGGAGGGGUCCCCGAUGCCACCCUGAGGAAGAAGGAGCUUUCCUCCAUGGACAAGGGGAGCCUGGCGGAGGGGCAGGGUGGGGGGGAGUAAGGGUUGCUCUUGGCAUCAAUAAAGGAGAAAUUCAUCCCGGCCCUGCGAGCCCGCUCCAUGCUGUGCGCCAUCUGGGUACCACCGAGGAAGCCCCCGCAGGGGAGCGCUGUCAGAGGGAAGGAGGCCUGGACCGUGGCCACGCCCAGCUGCCCUUUCAGCCUGGGGAGCCAGGGGGGAGCGCUUCCUUAUCGCCUGCCCCAUCCGCGCCCUGGUCGUCUGUGCAGCAAAGGCUCAGAUGUCCCCCAGCUCCUGCUCUGGGGCCUUGUGGCCCAGCAGGAAGAGGUGACAGACAGGGGGUGUCACCCAGGAGGCCACACCCCAGUGAAAGGACCUGAGCUGUGUCUUGGCUCCCUUUCGGGUUCUGUGCUCUCGGACGAGUGGCUUGACUCAGAGCCUGUGCAGAAGGGACAGUGUUGACAGCCCAGGAAGUCCUGUAGGACGCCGGGCACAGGCCUGGAACUUUGGGGAAGGUGUUCCAGGCCUGGAGGCAGGAGAGGCUCUGCCUUCACAGCAGCCCCUGCCCUUCCUCCCAGCCCCACCGGGUGGCCUCUCCCAGCGCUGGGCUCAGGGAGCCCAAGGAGAGAUGGAGGUGGGGUCGCUGGGGCCUGGGCCAGGGAGCCACACCAAGAACCCCCUCUGCUGGGACCCAGGGUCGCCCAGGAGCUCCCAGCUGCCCCCUGAAGCAGUGCCAUCUGUGUCACUGUGACCCUGCCCAGCCCCUGGAGGAAGCCUGCGUGUUUCUGGAACCGCAGGGGCGUCUGGAGGGCACAGCCCUUCCCUUCCAGACCGAGAGGGUUGGCUGGGGGAGGAGAGAUGGGCCUGGCGCGGAAACGCUACGGUCUGAAUCUCAGGGGACUGGCUUAGGAACAGGGCCCGGCUGUGGGGGAGGGUAGCAAACACAGACCCCCCUCCCCGCGCACCCCCCCCACCGCCUGGAGCCCCCACUGCGCAGGCCCUGGAGCCCCGGCAGCCCUUGGAGCCUGCCUGGCUCGGGGUCUGUGGGUGGAGCCCGGCAGCCCCCACGUGUGGCCCCUCCUGGCGCUAGGCUAGGCCUGGC